GUCAAACCCCCUUUGCUUCACCGGAUCCAGUUCCAUCUGACAUUUACUAACAUUUACUGUUUCCGUCAUUAGCUUGGUGUUUUUCUGCAGAAAUGGGGUCGCGUGGGUCCAUUAAACGAUAUACUACAUACGGAACUCUUUAUCCUACGGAGGCACAGAGACGACAGCAUAAGAGAAAUUUUCCGCGAUCCAGAACACCUAAGAAGGUACCACCCACCAAAGAGGAACUCCUUCAAGAGAUUUUAGCCAAGUUGUCCGAUGAAAGUCUCUUAAAGGAAUGUGGAUCAGGAAAGUUGUACAAAGGACAACUCUUGCGGGAUAGCAAGUUCAUGGAUAUUGCUGCAUGGCGGUUAGGUAGUGAGUCUGUGGAAGGAUAUGUUGACUUCAAGACAGAGAUUUCAAUGCUUUCUAGUCUCGAGCAUAAAAAUAUCAGCUCUAUCUUAGAGUAUUAUGAUCAGGAUAAUGAAAAGAUCAUCAUUUACAAGGAAGCAUUUCAUGGGAUUCUUGACCAACAUCUAUGUAAUCCAACUCUCAAUUGGUCCCGGAGACUGCAAAUAUGUUUAGGCGUUGCACGUGCAUUGAAUCAUAUCCAUUAUGAUGUCAUACAUUGCGAUAUUAAUACGUCUAAGAUACUUUUAGAUAAAGAUUGGGAACCUAAGAUAUUUGGUUUUGAACUUUCCACAAAAUAUCCUCAAAGUUGGAGGCAUCGCAUUCGGUACUCUCGCUACCUUGGCUCCAAAAGCAUUAUAACACCAAAAUAUGAUGUAUACUCUUACGGGGUAUUACUGUUUGAAGUGCUUUGCGGGAAGAAACCGAUGAUUGAAGGCAAUCGUGUUAAAGAAGAAUUAGAUGAGAUCAUUGACCCUAAUCUAAAGAAACAAAUGGAUGAACAAUCGUUGACUUUGUUUUUAAAAAUAGCAUACAAGUGCUUGAAUCAACAACUUAUGGAGCGUCCAACUAUGGAUCAGAUUGUCAAAGAACUUGAGGAAGCAUUGGAACUUCAAUGGAAACAUGAAAAUCAUAAGGUGCAUUUAGCAGAUGCGAAGGAAGGGAUAUCAUCGAACCGCUUGAAGAUGCACUUUCUGAAGAUUCCGCUAAGCGAAAUAUGGUUGGCCACAAAUAAUUUUGAUGAAAAAAUGGUUGUAGGGUGUGGUGGGUUUGGUAAAGUGUAUAAAGCAAGACUUGACGUUUUAGAUAUCCAAAGUUUGUCAUCGGUGGAAGGGAGAAGUAAAGAUAAACCUGUCAAGAAAAGCAAAACUGUAGCUAUUAAACGCAUCUUCCAGAGGUCAGACGAGCAAGGUAAAGAAGGGUUUUUAAGGGAGAUUGAAUUGCUUACAAGAUGUAAGCAUUCAAACAUUGUCUCUCUUCUUGGUUUUUCUAGAGAAGAUCGCGAAAUGAUUCUUAUAUAUGAGUAUGCUUUUAAAGGAAGCCUUAGUGAGUAUUUCGGAAGCACAGAUAAAAAAGUUAAUCUUACUUGGUCGCAGAGAAUAAAAAUAUGUCUCGACAUUGCACAUGGAAUUAGUUACCUUCACACCAACAUGGAGGGUAAACCAAGGAUAAUACAUCGAGAUAUAAAGAGCGAGAAUAUUUUGUUGGAUGAGAAUAUGAAAGCAAAGGUUGCUGACUUUGGGCUCUCCAUAUUCCACCCUACUAAUCAACAAGCGAGCACUAUCUAUACCAAAAAUAUUGCUGGCACAGAAGUGUACAUGGAUCCGGAAUAUCUCACUACAUCCAAGUAUAAGAAAGAGUCAGAUGUUUACUCAUUUGGAGUAGUUUUAUUUGAGAUCCUAUCCGGGAGAUUGGCCUAUGAUUCGAUAUACAUUAAGGAAUACGACCUGGGGCUUGCACCUGUUGUGCGGCGACGGUUCAACGAGGGAACAUUAAAGGAAUUGAUAGAUCCUUGCAUGAUAGAAGAAGAUGAUGAACAUAUCUUUACACUAAACAGAGGACCGAAUCAAGAAUCUUUUGAUUCAUUUUCAAAGGUCGCAUAUCAAUGUUUGGCAGAAACUCAAGCCAAACGUCCAACAAUGGAUACUGUCAUAAAGAGACUGCAAGAUGCAUUAAAAUUUCAAGGGGAAACCACGGUACUCUCAAGGUUUCGGCUUAGUGAUAUAGCAUUUGCUACCAAGAAUUUUUCAAGAAAAUAUUUUAGUGGCUUAGACUCAAAUGGUAUGGUGUAUAAAGCAGUACUUGAUCAUUUUGACAACAAAAGUUUGUUGGCGACAGAAGAAAAGAAUAGUGGUGAAUCACCAAAGAGAUGCAACAGUUUAGCUAUAAGACGUAUCUUAUCUAGUAGAGAAGAAAGGCACAAAGAAGAAGGGUUCUUUGAAGAAAUAGAGAUGCAUACAAGUUAUAAGCAUCCCAACAUAGUUUCUCUUCUCGGGUUUUGUGAUGAAGGUAAUGAUAAGAUCCUUGUCUACGAGCAUGGUUCUAACGGAAGCCUCGAUGACUAUUUGAGAGACGCUAAUAAAAUGGGAAAGUAUACAUGGAUGCAACGUCUACAUACGUGCCUUGAGACUGCACGUGGACUCAAUCAUCUACAUACUGUGAUGGACCAUAAGCAAGGAAUAUUACACCUUGACAUAAGGAGUGCCAACAUUCUGCUAGGAAUAAAUUUGGAGGCAAAGAUAGCUUAUUUUUGGAUGUCGAAAUUACUCCAAGCAAGUCAAGAAGAAGGCACCCACAUCUCUUUAAACAGUGAAGGCAUAAAAGCGUAUCACGACCCAGAGUAUGGAAAGACAAGUGAGUUGAAAAAAUCGGACAUCUACUCUUUUGGAGUUGUUCUAUUAGAGAUCUUGUGUGGGAGGUUAGCAUAUGAUCGAGCUUACAUAGUUGAAAAUGAGAAUGGGCUUGCACCCAUUGCUCGUCGAUGCUUCAAUGAUGGAACAAUACAGCAAAUAAUAGAUCCUGCGCUAAAGGAAGAAACUGAUGAAGACGUAUUAAAUUUACAUAGAGUGCCUAUUCAAGAUUCGCUCGACACAUUUUUAAGAAUCGCAAAUCAUUGUUUGGCGGAAAUUAGAGCAGAACGUCCAUCCAUGAUGAUGGUCAUCAAAGAACUUACCACGGCACUUAACUUUCAAGAAAACUUCGUGAAGACCCUCCAAGUUUCACUUAAAGACGUUGAGGUAGCCACAGGAAACUUCAGUCAAAGAAAUUGUGUUGGAAGUGGAAGAUAUUGGAAAAUGUAUAAAGGAGUAUUUCCUGAUGCUGAUGCUGAUGCUAAUGCCUAUGGGUGUACCGCCAUUGUGGCAAGGCGGUGGGAUAGCGUGUCUAGCCAAGGAAGUCAUCAAUUUCGGACAGAACUUAAUAUUAUUUUCAAGCAUAAGCAUGAGAAUAUCGUUGGUCUUGUAGGCUAUUGUAUCGAAAACGAUGAAAGGAUCAUUGUUUAUGAACACGCGUCUAAUGGAAGUCUUGAUAAGCAUUUGGAUGAUGCUAGUCUAACAUGGAUGAAAAGGCUCGAGAUAUGCAUCGACGUUGCAAACGGAUUGAAGUUUCUCCAUGGAGGUGCUGUAACGUUAAAGAAAGUGGUACAUAGGAACAUCCAAAGCCAUGUCAUUCUACUACAUGAUGACUGGAAGGCGAAAAUAUCAAAUUUGGAGUUGUCUUCGUUAGAUUCAGUGCCGCAGGUCAUGGAUCAUGUCAGUGAUAAUGCUUAUGGUGCAUCCGGCUAUGCUUAUGGUGCAUCCGGCUAUCUUGACCCAGAGUAUGACAAACAAGGUUUCUUAACUGAAAAGUCUGAUAUAUAUUCAUUUGGUGUUGUUUUAUUCGAGAUUUUGUGCGGAAGAUUGGCAUGGUUAGAGUACUGCAAGGAUCAUUCUCAAUCUUUAGGUCCUUUAGCUAAAAGAAAAUAUCUAGAAGGAAAGAUUGAUGAGAUGGUGUUUGAUGGUAUAAAGGAACAAAUUGGUCCAGAGUCAUUGGCAACAUUUGCAGAAAUUGCCUUGAAAUGCUUAAAUGACAAGAGAGAAGAACGGCCAAUGGCAGGCGAUAUAGUAAUACAACUCCGGAAAGCGUUGGAUAUCCAAGAAGAGCAUGAAAAAUGGGAGGCCGAAUUGCCUAAAGACUACAAAGAUAUAAUUCAGAUGUCAAAAACCCCCAAGAUCUAUUCUAAGAUGAAGAGGAAGGAACUUUACGACAGACUCUCCAAAGGAAUCCUGAUUACUGAUGACAAAGUGUGGUUCUCACUCGGAAGAAGUGGAGAAAGCAAUCAAAUGGUAUCCGCAAGCCAAUUUUUAUACGAAAAUAAUGACUCACAUAAAUGGCUAUCUAUUCCAGAGUCAAGGUUUCAUAAAAUAACGGAGAUAUCAGAUAUUUCGAAUAUGAAGAUCCAAAUAAAAAUAACAACCCAAAUUUUAUCAGUGGGUGUCAAUUAUGGUGUUCAUCUCAUAUUUAGAUUUUGUGGUACAAGAAAAUCUCUAGCGAAACAAAUAUAUGUGAACCUAGCAUACAAAAUGGGCAAGGAAACCUUAAAUGCAUAUUUCGCAACAUGGAGAGAAGAUGAGUGGAUGGAGAUUGAAUUGUAUCGGUUUUUGAAUGACAAGAAAAACAAUGACGUUGAGUUUGUACUUGAGAGCUUUUCACAAUGCUAUUGUGGAAGCCAUGAGAUCUAUGUUGAAGGCCUUGAGUUUCGAGUCAUUAACAAUGAGAAACAUGAAGAAAACAUCCAAGAGGAAGUUCAACAAGGACUGAAUCUAACUUCGGAUUCAAUGCAACAUGCUCUAGCUGCUCCUUUUUAUAAUAUUUGUGGUAUUUUUACUCAGACUUUGUUAAAGUUGUUCAGCUGGAGCAGCAAGGAAAAAUAUUAUAUGCUUUCUGCAAUGGAGGCCAUUUGUGAUUCUACCAAUACGGAGCAUUUUGAUUCGAAGCCCUCGACCCAGUCCAGAUUCCAAAAGGUGAUUGUGCUUUUAUCAACACAAGAAUUUCGUAUCAAGUGCAAGAUUGAAAGUGAAAGAUUCUUACUAAACACAGAAUACGUAUGUUACCUUGUGUUCAAGCUUUCAGAUAAUUGUAGAGAGUUACAUUUUCCAGUGAAAGUACAAGAUCAACACCAGCCCAAGAUCGAGAUCAAACAGACUCAAAUUGUUUAUUUUAGAACCCCACAUUCAUGGAAUGUGACCGGUGAUGAUAAUCAGGGUCCAAAAGAGAGGGAAGAUGGAUGGAUGGAGAUUAAUUUGUGGAAGUUCAAAUCAGAGCUUGAUAAUGACUGUAUUUUUAUAAAUUUGAAACUUUCAAUUUACGAAGGAACUAUGUCUGGUCUUGUUGUAUGUGGCCUAGAGUUUCGGCCGAUGUAGAAAUCCUUAUAUUAACUAAAAGAAGCUUUCUAUAUACAUAGAUGGAUA